CGGAACAGAACAAUAACAUCCAGGGGGAAAUGGCUGACGAUAGCGUUCCAGAUAUAACCAGAUUUCAAGUGUAUUUAUUUGGUUGUACACUCAAAUCGGACAGAAAGGAGUUCAAAGUUGAGGAGGACGAUGAUGCGGAUCAUCAGCUGUCACUCAAAGCAGUGUGCCUGGGUGCUGAGGCAGAGGAUAAGUUUCACACGGUGGAGAUCGAGGGCGUCACAUACGACGGAAAGACCACCAAAAUCCCACUGGCUGUGCUGAAGCCGUCUGUGCUGCCCUCUAUGAGUUUAGGAGGGUUUGGGAUCACCCCUCCAGUAACCUUCCGCCUCCAGUCUGGCUGUGGACCAGUGUACAUCAGUGGACAGCAUUUUAUCAAUGUGAAGGACUCUGAUGACGAAGAAGAGGAAAACAGCUCGUCACCUGUGACGAGGACGUCAAGCUUGACCUCAGGGAAGCGUCCAGCUCCGAAGAAACUGAAAAUGGAGUCAAAUGAUGAUGAUGAUAGCGAUGAAGAUGACGACGAUGAUGAUGACAUUAACAACGACGAUGAUAGUGAUGAAGAUGAGAGUGACGUGAAAGUACAGAAGGUCCCAGUCAAACCAACCAUAAAGAAAAGCCCGGAGCCUUUGGGGCAGAUGCCUAAAAGUGUGACAUUGGCGCAGAAUGGCUCACCAGGGAAUCAAGGGGGACCAUUGGCUAAACCUCAAACCAAGACACCAGUGGGAGGAAAAGACAAGAGUCAGAAGGAAAUGUCUGGAGCUGGCCCAUCCAAUGUUCCCACCGUGCCUGAAAUCAAGAGCAAGCUAGCGUCGUUAGCCAAAGAGGGAAAACCUCUUCCGAAGACCGAGGCGAAGUUUGAAAAUUUUGCCAAAAACUCUUUAAGGAUGUCAGAUAAAAAAGUGGUUAAAGACCUCUGGAACUUUGUACAAACAUUGAAAACAGAGAAGAAAUAAGGCAUUGCAUUUCUUACAGUUAUGUUUGAUUUUUUUGUUAUCUCCUCUAUGCUUUCCCCAAGAACACUCUAAUGUUUUAACCCAUUACUAAGAGCAUCAGGGAAUACAUGUGUAACAAACUCGUCUGGUUCUGGCUUGUGUAUUUUUGUUUUUAAUGUUCGUUUUAACAUUGCUCUCUAAUUUUGCAUUGAGUUUUGUUUUCUUUACACUUUUGUAUACUGUAACACAUUAUGGAGGAGAAUGGCAAAUGUUUAUUGAAGAGAUUGCAUCACUCAUUGAGCUAAACUAUCAAUGAACCACACUCCAUUGACCACAAUUGGAUUUAGGGUCUUAGCCAAUUGAAGCUUACAUUACAGUUAAAGAAGGAUUUUUAAGCUUUGAGACAAUUGAGACAUGGAUUGUGUAUGUGUGCCAUUCAGAGCAUGGAUGUAGCAGGUGACAAGAGCUCCAGUUGGCUAAGAUAUACAGUUUACAUACACCUUAGCCAAAUACAUUUAAACUCUGUUUUUCACAAUUCCUGACAUUUAAUCCAAGUAGAAAUUCCCUGUCUUAGGUCAGUUAGGAUCACCACUUUAUUUUAAGAAUGUGAAAUGUCAGAAUAAUAGUAGAGAGAAUGAUUAAUUUCAGCUUUUAUUUCUUUCAUCACAUUCCCAGUGGGGCAGAAGUUUACAUACACUCAAUUAGCAUUUGGUAGCAUUGCCUUUAAAUUGUUUAACUUAGGUCAAAUGUUUCAGGUAGCCUCACAAGCUUCCCACAAUAAGUUGGGGUAAUUUUGGCCUAUUCCUCCUGACAGAGCUGGUGUAACUGAGUCAGGUUUGUAGGCCUCCUUGCUCGCACACGCUUUUUCAGUUCUGCCCACAAAUUUUCUGUAGGAUUGAGGUCAGGGCUUUGUGGUGGCCACUCCAGUACCUUGACUUUGUUGUCCUUAAGCCAUUUUGCCACAACUUUGGAAGUAUGCUUGGGGUCAUUGUCCAUUUGGAAGACCCAUUUGUGACCAAGCUUUAACUUCCUGACUGAUGUCUUGAGAUGUUGCUUCAAUAUAUCGACAUAACUUUCCUCCCUCAUGAUGCCAUCUAUUUUGUGCAGUGCACCAGUCCCUCCUGCAGCAAAGCACCCCCACAACAUGAUGCUGCCACCGAUUUGCUUCAUGGUUGGAAUGGUGUUCUUCGGCUUGCAAGUCUCCCCCUUUUUUCUCCAAACAUAACGAUGGUCAUUAUGGCCAAACAGUUCUAUUUUUGUUUCAUCAGACCAGAGGACAUUUCUUCAAAAAGUAUGAUCUUUGUUCCCAUGUGCAGUUUCAAACCGUAGUCUGGCUUUUUUAUGGCAGUUUUGGAGCAGUGGCUUCUUCCUUGCUGAGCAGCCUUUCAGGUUAUGUCAGAAUAUGACUCGUUUUACAGUGGAUAUUGAUACUUUUGUGCCAGUUUCCUCCAGGAUCUUCACAAGGUACUUUGCUGUUGUUCUGGGAUUGAUUUAUACUUUUCGCACCAAAGUACCUUCAUCUCUAGGAGACAGAACGCGUCUCCUUCCUGAGCGGAAUGACGGCUGUGUGGUCCCAUGGUGUUUAUACUUGCGUACUAUUGUUUGUACAGAUGAACGUAGUACCUUCAGGCGUUUGGAAAUUGCUCCCAAGGUUGAACCAGACUUGUGGAUGUCUACAAUAUUUUUUCUUAGGUCUUGGCUGAUUUCUUUUGAUUUUCCCAUGAUGUUAACCAAAGAGGCAGUGAGUUUGAAGGUAGGCCUUGAAAUACAUCCACAGGUACACCUCCAAUUGACUCAAAUGAUGUCAAUUAGCCUGUCAGAAGCUUCUAAAGCCAUGACAUCAUUUUUUUGAAUUUUCCAAGCUGUUUAAAGGCACAGCCAACUUAGUGUAUGUAAACUUCGGACCCACUGGAAUUGUGAAUUAUAAGUUAAAUAAUCUGUAAACAAUUGUUGGAAAAAUGACUUGUGUCAUGCACAAAGUAGAUGACCUAACCGACUUGCCAAAACUAUAGUUUGUUAACAAGAAAUUUGUGGAGUGGUUGAAAAACAAGUUUUAAUGACUCCAACCUAAGUGUAUGUAAACUUCCCGACUUCAACUGCCUCUGUACACCUAUGUAGAUAUUCCAUUCAAAAUCUGCCGUUUCCGGCUACAAUAGUCAUUUACAACAUUAACAAUGUCUACACUGUAUUUCUGAUCAAUUUUAUGUUAUUUUAAUGGACAGAAAAAAGUUUUUCUUCCAAAAACAAGGAUACACACUACCGUUCACUUAGGGGUUCACUUGGGAUCACUUAGAAAUGUCCUUGUUUUUGAAAGAAAAACAAUUUUUUUGUCCAUUAUAAUAACAUCAAAUUGAUCAGAAA